AUGGAUUCUAAACUAGUGCCAGACGACAAGAAUAAGAUACACAUGUAUAAAGGUCUCGUACCUUUGGACGAUUUAAAUUAUACUCGGGGAUUGAUAAAGGGCAAUAUGCCAGACACUUUAUUUUAUACACCUGAAAAUGCUUUCACCAAGAAGCUUCUUAACGCAGUAAUUAAAAUUUUAGGCUUGAAAUCUAUUAAAGGAUUUAAAGAUGAAAUGAAUCUUCAAAGCAAUUUUGAUGAUAAGAAAGCUUUCGCUGGUAUUGUAUUUUACAAUACCAGUGAUGAUAUACCGCAGCGUUUAUCAAUGAGUAUACGCUUUCCGAGCGAACUUCGAACGGUUCAUAGCGACGCGCCAAUUUAUCAAAACUAUUGGAUAAAAUGGGCCGUAGAACCAGAAUUCAAAUUUGGUUACGUUCCCCCUUUGUUAUUUUUUGUAUUUAUGGUACUUUACGGUAUCGCAUUAAUAUUAACCGCAAUGAUAACGACUGCCAUAUUUCGGAAUGCGAAAACCGCAAUAGUUUUCUCGGUCACCAUUUGGAUAGGGACGUAUGCUUUACUUGCGAUAGCCAUUGAUGUGGAAUCUCGUCCGACCAUAGGGGUUUUAAUUUGUUUUGCGGUCUUUUUCAAUAAUAUGUAUCCAUAUACCGUUGACUUUUUGAGCGGUUAUAAAACGGUUGAAUUUCAUGAUCUACUGAUUAUAAUGUUAUUUCCAAUAGGAUACAUUAUUGUGUUAUUGUUGUUAUUAUCGCUCUUUGAUUAUAUUUUGCUUCACCAGGACAGGGAUAAGACUGGUUUUAGCAUAAUUGGCAUACCGUAUUUAUGCCGUAAAAAAUCGAAGAGAGCAAGAAAACCUGAUCCAAUAAAUCCAAGGGCCUAUCCAUUAAAUCGCCAAAAUUCAAGCUGGUUAAAUUAUGAAUUUGGAGCGUAUAAUUUAUCGAUAAUGUUAUCGUUGAAGAAUGUGUUCACGUUUUUCGAUGAUCAUAAAGUUUACCCUCAUCUGAAAGACGUUACAAUGCGUAUAUUUAAAAAUGAGAUAUCGAUAAUAUUGGGCUCGAAUAACACCGGGAAGACAACAUUGCUAAAAGUGUUAGCCGGCUGGAUUAAAUAUUCUGGGUCCAUUUACUUUGAUGGCGCUCAUGAAGUUUGUGAAAAUCUUGAUUAUUAUCAACAAUAUGUAGAUAUAUGCAUGUCGCAUUGUCCUCUUUUCGAUAUGUUAACCGUAAAGGAAACACUCAGCUAUUUUGCAUUGAUUAAGCAAAAGGUGCCCAAUUUGGAGCAAACGAAUCUCGAAGUUUACAAAUGGCUUGAUAGAUUGAAACCGGCCGCAAUUAAAGAGCAUUGGUAUGUUAAGCGUUUAAGUUAUGCAAAUAAGCGAUUGCUGGCACUUUGCUGCGCCUUAUGCAAUAACACAACAAUAGUUUUGCUCGAUGAGCCUACGGUGAAUAUGCGAUCAUUUGAGCAAUCACUUUAUUGGCAUAUUUUGCAAAAAGAGAAACCGGACCGAGCGAUUAUUGUUACAACCGAUUCUGUUGAUGAGGCCGAACAUUUGGGCGAUCGUAUCGGUGUUUUAAGUGACGGCUAUCUCAUGGCCUGGGGUACGCCCAUAUUUCUUAAAAGUCAUUUUGCCAAAGAUUAUUCAUUGGUACUUUUAAGGGACACAAGUAAACCGCUUAGGCCCAUUUUAGAUUUAUUGCGUACAUAUAUUAGUAAUAUAGUGAUUACAAAUCAAAUUGGCGACAAAGUGGUCUUCAAGAUGCCUGCCGAGAAAAGACCGGAAUAUCAAAAAAUGCUAAUCGCCUUGGAAGAUAAUGCGUCCGAAUAUGGUAUACGAAAUAUAACUGUCGUUUCUGGUGAAAUGGGUGACGUAUUUAUGAAUCUUAGUUUAGAAUCUGAACUGCAGCAAAAUUUACCCGAUCUGAGGCGCAUAUUACAUCGCAACGAACCGGUCUCGCAAAAUAGUAAAAAUCAACCAUCGUUGUGA